AUGGCUUCUGAUGCAGUCUUUGAUCUCAUCCAUAAGCUUUCAGAUGUAAUACAGAAAUUUUUGGCUUCUGAUGCAGUCUCUGAUUUCAUCCAUAAGCUUUCAGAUGCAAUACAGGAUUUCAUCCAUAAGUCUUCACAUGCAGUACAUAAAUUUAUGGCUUCUGAUGCAGUCUCUGAUUUCAUCUACAAGCUUUCAGAUUUAAUAAAGAAACUUAUGACUUCUGACGCAGUCUCUCAUUUCAUCCAUAAGUUUUCAGAUGUAAUAAAGAAUUUUAUGGCUUCUGAUGCAGUCUCUGAUAUCAAUAAGCUUUCAGAUGUAAUUCAGAAAUUUAUGGCUUCUGAUGCAGUCUCUGAUUUCAUCCACAAGCUUUCAAAUGUAAUACACGAUUUCAUCCAUAAGUCCUUAGAUGCAAUACAGAAAUUUAUGACUUCUGAUGCAGUCUCUGAUUUCGUCCACGAGCUUUCGGAUAUAAUACAAAAAUCUAUGGCUUCUGAUGCAGCGUUGGUCAAAUGGUUUAACAAUGUUAUAGCACCAUCUAAGGGUGAGGGAAGGAAGAUCAAUAGAGUGUCAGGAGGAAGAAGACUGAAACGGUUUGAGCUUGAGAAACAGAGGGUGCAUUCGAAAUUUAUGGCUUCCGAUGCAGUCCCUGAUUUCAUUUCAACCGUUUUUCAUAAGCUUUUAGAACUAGUAAAGAAAGCUAUGGCUUCUGAUGCAGUGUCUGAUUUCAUCCAUAAACUUUCAGAGCUAAUAAAGAAAGUUAUGGCUUCUGAUGCGGUCUCUGUUUUCAUCCAUAAGCUUUCAGAUGUAACACAGACAUUUAUGGCUUCUGAUGCAGUGUUAUAUGUGGUCAAUUGGUUUAAGAAAGAUAACGUUAUUUCUAUUGUUGCAGUGGUAGUGGUAGCUCUCCUGAUUCAUAGUUUCUGCAAAUGUCUUACUAAGACGAAAACUGCAGGUAAAACAAUGAAAGCACCAGGGAAGAAUUUUCGCAUACCAAGAAAAGAGUUUGAAGCAAAUCCUUCUGGUUAUUUCAGGAAGUUGCGCAACAAAUAG